GCUAAGCUGGGCGAGCGUGAGACGGCAGCAGAUGGAGGCUACAUGGUGAGCAGGCUAACAAGACAGCUGAAUGCACGCAUUCCCGACGUAGCUUUUACCGGAGGAGAUAACGAUCCCAGGGCACUUAUAAA